UGCUACCUGCUAAGUUGCUACAAAUAGUGAGGUAACACUAACAGAAAGCGGUGAUACUGAUAGGAAUAAAAAAUGAGUAACAUAGUUGUAUUGGAUUUAGAAAACUAGUUAGCCAAAGCUUGAUCUGAUUCGUGUGCAGGUAGCUAGUAGCUACGUCCAUCUCUCUUCUUCUUCUUCUUCAGCUGAAACUAGAUCAGAGACCAUGCCAGGCCCUGGUCCUCACCUGAUGUACGCCAUGGGCUCCGGCUUAGCUCUGACCACCUCCACCAAUGGUAGGUUCAGCCCCCACCACACACUUUUCUACACAGUCAACUCCUUCUUUGGACCAGACAUUGGUUCUUUCUCUGAGUGGCUUGGUUCACUCUUGGGUGGUCCAGCUGAUACUGUAGGCUCUGCUGUAGCUGAUCUCAUCCACCAUCCUUUGUACUACAUCCUCAUCUUGGGUUUCCCUCUCUGUGUUCUCUACUCUUGGAUUUCUGCUUUUCUUAUUCAAAGACACCUCCUUGACUCUGUUUCCAGAGUGCCCCUUACAAGGAUGCAAUGCUUUUAUUUGAUAUCAGCUGGGUCUUUUACUCACUUCUUUCUAGAUCAUCUAUUUGAGGAGAAUGGGAAAACAACCACUUACACUUGGAUUUUAAGCACUGGCUGGUGGCAAGGUAGAGCACCAGUUAACCCAGAUGCUGUUGUUGUAGUGGGGUUCUUAUGUGUUUGCCUAAUUGGGGGCUUUUUUUACCUCAACAGAGCAAAUUCCUCAAACUCCAUAAAGAAAAAGUCAUAUCAGUCGAUAUUACUGAUCCUGUCCAUAGCUUCCUUAUACUGCUUAUGGUGUUCAAUCCAGAUAUACUGGAUUAAUCCACGUCGUCCUGCGGUUGGAGAAGAGGCUGAUCUUGGUGUUCUAGUGUUCUUAGCUUUAUAUUUCUUUCUACCUUACAGUUUGUGCAUAAUGUCCAUGUACCCAAAAGAUCAUGAUACUAAUCAAAUUCCUUUGUAAACAGUAUUUACUUUGUCAGUACAUGUUCUGCUUUUUCCAAUGCCCUAGUUACACGCGGUUAGCUAGAGUCUUGUCACCAGUAACUUGCAUAAUUGCUCACCAAUCACCAGGCAUACGAGAUGUUGAGCAUUCAUAUAAUGUACCAUGUUAUCUGUAUCUUGUUGCAAAGUGACUGAAUGCAGAAGUUUGAUAUUUGACUCCCGUCAUAACUUGUAAAAUGUUCCAAUAAAGCAUUUUUUAGCCGUUAAAAA